UCACUUUCGUUCCUCGUGGUAUGAGCGUGAGUUCGGCAAGUACAGCUGAACAACAACAAGGUAUGAUCGACAAACUAUAGUAGAGCAUUGUCCGCACGGCGGUGCUACCGAAAAUUGUAACGGAAUAAACUGUGAUGCCGGCAUCAUGCCGUAUACUGCAAGACAUCUCUUGCGUUUCAGUGUGAUUCUGGGAGCGAUUUUUUUGCUAGCGCCUUUAAUAUUAAUCGGCACGUCCACGGUUACCAAAUUUUAUCAUCCUGAGACGAGUGUAGCAAAGUUUAAUUAUGGAUUCGGCGAUCCCGUUUCCGCAUUAUUUGUGGGCGACAAUAAAGCAACCGCCAAAAAUAUCCUUGCGGAUUUAGCCCGCCAAAAUAAUUCUUUGGAUGUUUUAACGCCGUCAACGACUACGGAAGCACCCGAGCAUCUGCUAGAAAACUCCGCCAUUCCAGCGUAUGUUGUAAGGAAAAAAAUCCCGGGUCUACAAAAGCUUCCCGCCGAUUUUGCUGCCUAUUCCUUGAAACCGGCAAAAGUCGCGCCACAGUACAGUAUUUCUCCUCAGCCAUGUUCUUCCUAUCCAGACCCGAUAUUUCUUCUGAUUAUCGCCGUGACCCGCCCCGAUGGGUUUGCCCUACGGCGAGCGGUCCGGACAACAUGGGGAUCCCUGGCGGAACCCCGCUGCGGGGUGCGACUGCUCUUCAUCGCCGCCCGCACCCGUGACCUAAAAACGCAGGUGGAGCUACAACGGGAAGCUGGCGAAUAUGGUGACAUCAUCCAGUCUAACGUGUUCGACGAUAACUACCGGGCCCAGGCCCUAAAAGCCAUUCAUCUCUUCCAGUGGGCGGGAACCUUCUGUCCCAAUGCCACAUUUACCGCCAAAAUCGACGACGAUAAUUGGUUGAACAUCGAGAAGUAUGUGGGGUUUUUACGGAUCAACGCCGAACGGGUCGGAGCGUUUGGGGGAAUGUUCUGGGCGGGUGGGGACGCCAUCCGGGAUGCGGAAAAUAAGUACCAUAUCCCGCGGGAGGAUUAUGCACAUAAUCGAUACCCGGAAUAUUUGACGGGGAUGUUGUAUGCGUAUCCGACGAAAGUCCUGCCGAAACUGGUGUAUUUUGCCCGGAAGUUGAAUGCCGGGUUGAACGAGGAUAUGUUUAUGAACGGACUGGUGGCGACGGCGGCGAAUUUAACGCGGAUCGCCGUGCCGGAUUAUGGGUGGGGACGCGAGCCGAAAGCAGAGUGCCAGAAGCGGGACGCGAUGUGUGUGCAUUAUACGAAGGAGAAGGACAUGUACGAGACGUGGAAUAAUACGUGUUAUACGUAUAAGAAACUAUGCAGUUAGAUAUACGAUAUCUUCCUGAUCUUUUCCUGUUCAAUGUCAGUAUAUUAUACUGCUCUUUAAAAGCGUAUGCUUUAGUGUUCUUUAAUUUUAUUUCGUUGAUUGCCGGUUGUGGCUAUAAUUUGUUUGUUCGAAACACCCAAAUAUUUUAUCUGUGAUUGAUGAACGUUUCAUAUAUUUCAUGCUGCAGCACAAUGACGAGAGUAGUAUUCUAUCGUUAUUGUUGAGCAUACGCUCAUUAAAGUCGUGAUUGCUGCGCAUAAGUUUGGCAUCCACGGACCG